AUGAAUCAUACUUUCACUAUAACAUAUAUUGAAUAUAAUGAUUAUUUUAAUAUAACACAAUUUAUAAAAUCACCAUAUAAAAUGAUAACAUUAAGUUUAUUAUUAUUUAUUAAUUUAUUUAUAUUUGCAUCAAAUUUAUUUAUGAUUAUUAUAUUACUUAUAAGUAAAAAUAAACGUUUUGAUGCAACACGUAAAUUUUUAAUUAAUUUAUCUAUUAUUGAUAUACAAUUUGCAUUAUAUAUUAUGCCUAUUUCAAUUAUAUAUUUAAUAUUAAAAAUGAAUUGGUUAUCUUAUUAUAUAUUAUGUUAUUUAUGGAUUAUAAUAGAUAUUUAUUUUUGUACAACAAAUAUGUUUAAUUUAGUUAUUAUAGCAUUUGAUAGAAUGUUAGCUAUUAAUUAUGCUGUAAAAUAUAAUCAAAUUAUGUCACCAACACGUGUACGUUUAUUAUUAUUAUUAAUAUGGUUAUUAGCAUUAUUGAUUAUAUUACCAUUGAUUAUUUAUAUAAUAUGGUAUCAAUGGAAUAUAUCAUCUAAUAAGAAACAAAAUAUCAAUUUGACAAAUUCUUUAAAUCUUCAUUAUAAUGAUGAUCUUAAUGAUUCCAUACAAUAUAAAUUGAUUAUUAAUAAACGUGGUAUUUCAAUUGGUUUAUUAAUUGAUAAUAAUAAUGAUUAUUAUAGACAAUCAAAGAAAAAAUUAACAUUAUCUAAUGAUAAUUUAAAUAAAAUGGAUUUCAAUCAAACUAAUAAUAAUAAUAAUAUAAUGGAUAAUAAUAAACGGAAUAAUCAUUGUAAAAUGGAUAAAACACUUAAAAAUAAAAGUAUAAAUAAUCAUUCAAAAUAUGGUUUAUUAAGAGUACAUGUUGGUGGAAAACAAUUACUAUGUAGUAAUAAUACAUUUAUAAAUCAUAAAUGUAAUAGUACUACAAAUAUUAACAGUAUUCAUAAUAAUAAUAAUAAUAAUAAUGGUAAUAUUUCACAACAUGUCAAGUUAAUUAAUAAUGAUCCUAAUGAUUCAACUGUAAUGAUCAAUACAUUACCCGAUAAUUCAACAAUACCAAAUCAAGAUGAUUCAUAUGAUCAACUAAAAUCUACAACAACAACAACAACAUCAUCAUCAACAAAAGGACCUCAGCAACAACAACACUCAUCAUUAACAUCAAAUAUAUUAAUGAAAUCUGAUUAUACUUUAUCGAAUCAAAAAUUCAAUGAUUCAAAUUCAAUUAAUUUACUGAAACCUAUGGAUAAACUAGAAACUAGUAAUAAUAAUAAUAAUAUUAUAAUGAAAAAACACUCGAAUUCAUUAUCUGAAGUAAAUAGGAAUAAAUUGAAUGAUAAUAAUAAUAAUCAAUCGAUUAGUCAACAACUUCAUUCAUCUUCUCCUUUAUCAUCAUCACAACAACAAAAUUUCAAAGAAAAAUUAACUAAUAUAUUACGUAAACAUUCAUUUCAUACAUUAUCACCAUAUACAUAUAUAAAACCAUUAGAAUUAUCUCAAUCAAGACGUUCUACUGGUAGAACUGAUAAACAUGAUAAAUUUAAUGAUAUCAUAACAUUAAGACGUUGUGCAUUAAUGCCAUUAAAUCAUAAUACACCAUAUUCAUCAAUGAAUAAUGAAUAUAUAAUACAUUCAAAUAGAAAUUCAGAAAAUUUAUCCAAUUUAUCUACAACAUUCAUAACACCAAGAAAUAGUAAUCAAUUAGAUAAAUCAAUAAUUAUCAAUGAUCCAUUAUCACACCCAGCAACAACAACAACAACAACAUCACCACCACCACCAACAUCAUCAUCAUCUAAUUAUCAUUAUAAUAUUAAAAUGAAACAUUUUAUUGAAUUAAAAGCAAUUUUUAUAUUUUUAUGUAUAGCAAUUAAUCCAAUUAUAUAUGGUUCAGCAUCAGAAGAUUUACGUAAAGCAUUUAAACGUUUUAUAUUACAUUGUGGUAAAAUAAAACAUGAAAAAAAAGCAUUAAAACGUUUAGUAUUAGCUGGUUUAGGUGCAGCUGGUAUACCAUAUGGUCAUAGAAUAAUAAUACCACAACAAAUGAAAUCAACAGAUUUUAAUAAUAAUCAACAAUAUAAUAGAUCAGUUUUGUUUAAUAAACCAUUAAUGGUUAUAGCUGAUAUUGAAGAAAAGAUUUAA